AUGACAGCCGGCAAUAUAGGCAAUGCACCGCCGUCCGCUAGCACCACCACUAUGCGGAUCUCGCCCGCCAACAUCGAGCAAGUCGACAUACUGGCCCGAAAACUUUACAAGCGAGCGCGAAUAAGCCCCGAGCUUGACGGAAUAGCAAAUUCGGUGCGCAGCCUACAUACAGCCCUGAAACACCUGAAGUUCGAAGCCGACGACCCGGAGUCGUUACUGAACAUCGACAGCAGUGCCGUAUACGCGCGGCAGCUAACGCCCAUCCUCGAGGAUUCGGAAUUUGCGCUUAAGCAGCUCGAUACCAUAUUCGAUAAGAAAUAUGGAAGAGGCGACGACAGUGGCAGCGGUGACACUGUCAAUAAUAGAGGAACACAGAUAGAUGGAGACAAGGGCUGGUCGCAUUUAGAGAGCCGCGAGCGCGACAUGAUCGACCUGAUUCACACCAAACUCACAAAUCAGAAGCUCAAUAUUGACAUGUUCCUUGAUACAGUUCAGCUUCACAACUCAUCCAAAUCCCGUCGCAUGGUCGAUACUAAUAGCACCGAUCUGGACUCUAUUAAGGAUGAGGUAGAUAUCAUCGCAUCGCGCAUAUGCCAACGGACGAAUUCAAAUUUGAGCGAGGGUAACGAAGAGGAGCUUUGGGGGCGGUUUAGAGAUGAGCUAGAACAGGCUGGUUUCUCAAAGGAGGUAUUGCGUAAAAAUCAGGACGUCAUACGAGCCUACAUCCGCCAGUUAGACAACCAGCUCAGCGCCAACGGCGGCAGUACGCCUUCGGUGCGGGGACUGUUAGAGUAUUACCGCCCUCGAGCUGAUGGCGGGCUACAGAUCACUCCGUACCCAACCUAUACCCCGGCUGAUUUCAGCCCGGAGGAAUUGGAGCCCAACGUCGAUGAGGAGAAGCUAUUUCCGUCCAUGAGGAUGAAACGUUUAGAAGAAGACGAAGACGACGAUAUCAACAUCAACAUCAAAAAUAGCAACAUCGGACGACAAACGUCGACGCAGCCCAUCAUGCCGGAUUAUCCUGCAAAUCUGUCUUAUGACCGUCGCCCCUCAGGCGGUGGUGAUAACACCGAUGGGUCAACGGCGCUUAUGUCCACGCGAGAGAUUAUGGCUUACGAUAAGCAGUCCGGUAUGGCUCUUGCGACGGAAAAUAUGCACCUGCAGCCGCCACCGAAUCCGGCCGGCCCGAGCUAUCAGAUGUCUAGUCCUCCCACAUCUCACUACCUUCCACCUUCGGUCUCUCAGCCUGCUUUACCAUCUUCCGCACCACCAACCACAGCCGACCAGUUCGGGACCCACCUUCACCGUGCCCAUCCUCUCCCGUCGGCCGCUGACAGCUCACUCCCAAUCCGGCGUCCGCACUCCGUAUCCGUGGCCGAGGUAAAUCGGCAGCAGCCACAACAACAACAACAAACACUCGUCGCUCCACAGCAGCGGACUGCACGGCUAGCGCCUGACAGCAAAGGUCACGAAAUCCCAUUAGAUGCCAAGUGGACUCGGAUCCCACGACGCUUGGUCUCGCCCGAAGUACUGGCUGGCGCAGGUGUACGCUAUGAAGCACGACCGGAUUUUGUGGCAGUACUAGGGGAGCUGAGCCGGGAUGAAGUAGCCUACUUUGCUCGUCGGACUACCGAGGUACGUGCUGCAAGGGGUCGGCGAACUAGUAAUACCCCUGUCAUCACUGGUGAUGGUGCGAAAGCGAGAAAAGUCGAGGAUAGGUAUCACCCGGAUAAAUAUCGAAACUGGGACGUGAUUGAAGAAGAAGAGCGGCAACGGCAGCGGCAGCGGCAGCACCGGAAAGAAGGAAAUAGGAAUAGCCAUGACACUGAUAGCAACGACGACAGUGAUGAUGACGGUGUGACUUACAUAGUCAAUAGUCGUAGUCGGCGACGAAGAGGAAGUACAGCAAGCACCGUCAGCGCGCUCUACGAUUCGAGCGACGAUUCGAGAACAUCGGAUGAAACAGACUCUGACGAAAGAGACCGAGAAUCAUACGAUUCCUCGUCUUACUCUCAAUCAUACCCACGCUCUGGCUCAUACCUAGAUGACUAUCACCACUCUCGUUCACAAUCCCAUCGGCGCAGUUCCACCAUGCCUUCGACCUCGCUUAAGUAUGAUGACAAAUCCAAUUCUACGGCGGGAGCAGACAGCAAAGCAGCGGAACGUAGGAACAGUCGCGACGGCAAUGAAAAGGGCACCAAGACUUAUCCGUUCAUCGUGUCACCGCCAGCAUCUACACCUGGGAAAGACAAGGGCAAAGACACCGGUACCGGCACUAGUCCCGCCGCCACGGUGAAGCCAAAGCCUAUUCUCAAAAAUAAGAAUGAUGACCCUCACGUUCGAAUCGACCCCACUCCACAAAUCAUAGAGGAAAGUUCAAACUCUCUGCCUCGAAGCUUACCUUCAUAUCGGCGCAGCGAGCGGGAGCGGGAGCGAGAACGGGACAGAGAGCGGGAUAGAGAUCAAGAGAGGAGUAAAGAUAGAGAUCAAGAGAGGAGUAAAGAUAGAGACAGGGAGAGGAAUAGAGAUAAGGAACAAGACCAUGACCGUGAUCGUGAUCGUGAGAAGAGAUACCGCUCAGACAAGUACACAGACGGAGAACGAGAGAGAGACCGCCACACGGACCGCGAUCGCGACCGAGACAGGGGAGAUCGAACCCGGGAGAAAGAAUACUACUCACACCGGGACCGCGAGGAGGGCCGAACCGAAUACCCCCACCGGCACCGGCAUCGCAGUAGUCGCGGCCACCGGUAUCAUUCGUCGAGCGGUCCGAGAAAAGACCGCGAACGCGAAUACCAUGACGACCAUUAUGUGAGCAGUAACAACCGGUCCCGGGAAGACCGUACCUCCAAGAAGAAGGCUCGAGACGAGACGAUCCGUGCCGUCGGUCUCGGAGGCGCCGCAGCUGCUAUGCUAAGCAUGUUGAGUGAAGCGGCACUAUGA